AUGAUCGCAUCGUCUUCGCUUCGAAAGGAGGAGCUCGGUGAUGUGCUGCUGGUGAACGAGGGGUUUCCCGAACGUUGCUGGGGCGUAUGUGGCGAGACCGGUCGUGCUAUUUGGCUAUUUCGCAGGCCAGAAGUUGCUGAUGUGCGUUUACUAGCACCCAUUGAGGUAUCACUCGCCAUUGUUAAGCUCGGGUGCCUGGCUCUCCUUUCUGAGAGCAACAAAAUUUCGCAGGUCGGCAUGGGUAUUCCUGGGCUCAUCAAUGCAAUUGGCCCAGGAGAGCGUAUCUCUCUGGCCAAACUGGCAGUGACGCACCUGGAGCGGACAGCAAGGCCGAUCCGCAUUGCAGUCGACAUUUCGAUCUGGCUUUUUCAAGUCCAAGCAGGGCGGGGCGGAAGAAACCCAGAAUUACGCACACUAUUUUAUCGGUUAUUAAAAUUACUUGCAUUGCCAGUUCACCCACUUUUCGUCUAUGACGGGCAAGACAAGCCUGCUUUUAAGAGGGGCAAAGCAGUCUCAACCCGCAGUUAUGGCAAUGCCCCGAUCAUCAAGCGCUCCAAGGACCUCAUCGAGCGAUUCAGAUUUCCAUGGCAUGAGGCACCCGGUGAGGCAGAAGCUGAAUGUGCCCGACUACAGCAAGCAGGCAUUGUAGACGCUGUCAUGAGCAACGAUGUCGACGCGCUGAUGUUCGGAUCAUCUUUUACCAUUAUGAAUUUUUCAAAAGAGAGCGGAAGUGGCAGCUCUUCUGCGACUCAUGUGACAUGCUACACAAUGGGGCAGGAUGGGCACUCAUCAAACAUACCUCUUGACCGACCGGGAAUGAUUCUGUUCGCUAUGCUCAGCGGAGGGGACUAUCUACCCUCCGGUGUCCCGAAAUGUGGCAGUAAGCUCGCUGCAGAGAUUGCCAAGGCUGGAUUCGGCGAGGAUCUUCUGCAAGAGCUUGCGUCACAAGCAGACGUGGAUGUAGGAUUGAACGAGUGGAGAGAACGACUCCAGUAUGAACUUGAGGAGAAUGAGAGUGGCUAUUUUACGAGAAAACACCCAGCCGUUCGAGUUCCAGCCUCUUUUCCGGACCGAAAAAUUCUCGAGUACUAUGCACAGCCCAAAGUUUCCAGCGAUGAAGAAAUGACUAUCCUGAGAAGUCGACUCGCACAGGCGUGGGAUAACGAUAUCGACCCGCUAGCAAUCCGAACAUUUGCUGCAGACCACUUUGAAUGGAACUAUCGAUCGGGAGCAAGAAAAUUGAUCAGACUGCUGGCCGAGCCUCUUGUCUCGUACAGACUUCGUCUCCAGAGACCAGUCCUGGGCGUAUCGCCUGGUUUUUCAUUUGUGCCCGAUUGCCCACCUAGUCUGCAAAAGGUGUAUCGAUGCCGGUCAAGCUUUGGCACCGAUGCAGUACCAGAACUCCAGCUAGAUAUGCUGCCCGCAGAUGUUGUUGGACUAGACCUUCUUGCCGAAGAACCAAACCCACCAGCCCCAUCCCAAAGUAGUGUACAGGAAGGCGAGGAAGAGGAAGACCAAGAAAUAGCCACUGGAUCGCCACCUCCGACACCAUCGAAGUCUCGGGUUACAAAACGAUUCGACCCAUUCUCCCUCGAAAAGGUGUGGGUAUUUGAGACUGUCGCAAAAUUGGGUAUUCCUGGAGUCGUGAAAAACUGGGAGAAAGAACAGGCCGAAAAAGCCGCGAAAGCCGAAGCAGCCGCGGCGAAGAAGAAUACCAGUAUUCGACGUACUGGUCCCAAGAAAAAGGGGCCUAUUGACGCUGGAAUGAAACGAGGCAGUAUCUUGAAAUAUGGAACUCUCACGAAGGAAAAGAGCGAAUUGUCAACAACCAAACAAGCGCACUUGUUGGAAGCUGCUACAUCAACCCACAAUCCUCUUCCCCGGCUCGUUGCCGGUUCUGAGUCUUCUUCACCAAUAACAUUGGACCUGGAAGAUGACCACUUCUCCUCUCCGAGCAUGUAUCUUCACCAAAGAUCCCCACUUACUAUGCACUACGACUCUCGGGAUGUCGAUGGCCUCCUGGAUACGUUCUCUUCCAUGUGUACCUUGUCUCCUUCUGUCAAUAUCAAGCGUCACCCCAUGUCGGAACGUACCCGUCUUAUAUCAAGGCGCACCGCUUUGGGGACUGGUCAUGUUGAUAUUGAAGAAUCGGACUCACUGGGCAUGAACGACGAUUAUUCUCCGCCUCAACCGGCACGGCACAUGGGUCUCAAAAUCAGCUACUCGGUCUCCGACGUUUGUGAACCUGAAACUUUCCUGGAGGACUUCCCAGCCAGAGCAUUGACAGCCUUGCCUUCUCCAUCCAGGAAGACUGUAGCUAAGUCAAAGAGAAUUCCCAAGGUUCAGUGCGAGGAAAAGGCCCAGGUUGAACACAUCGAAAAAGCUAUCGAGAUCCUGUCUCUAUCCUCGAAAAGCGACGAGGGCCAGCAUGGAAACACCGCAGCUCGCUCGUUGUGUCAAAUCUCAACAAAGAAGGCACCGCAAGCGCCAAAAAUUCGGACUCGUUCCUCUAAGGACGAAGAUCCCAAACCAGCCCGAUCUUGCAGUGAAGGAAACCCCAAGCCCGAAGUCCAUACAUUGCCUUUACACUCGAAGAAUUGCGAAAGCAAACAGACCAACGACGCAAAUAAGUCCCCCAAAAAGUCUUCAAAGGAAAAGACGAUUACAAUUUUGAAGCACAAGACCACGGGGCACUUGGAAAACGUCAUAUUGCACGACGGCUUUUGGUCGAUCGAUCAAUCCCCGCCUCAACAAGAUUCGUGCGAAGGCCCAACUGCUGAUGACCUGAGCACCGCGCGCAGACAAAAUCAGACUGCUAAGAAGAAAAGAAUCUCACGCGUCAGCAUUCUUGACCUCGUCGAUUAA